AUGGCGGUGAGCUGCCCCGAGGUGAUGUACGGCGCGUACUACCCCUACUUGUACGGCCGCGGCGCCGCCAGAUCAUUCCACCACGCGCCGCACUUUCAGUACGAUCGGUUGAACGUCCAAAGUGCGACCAAUGCGGGGGACUACAGCGCGGCCGGUGCCCUUAGUACGGGCUCGGCAUCCUCCGGUGCGCACUCGCCCGCCUCGCCGCCGCAUGCUCAUGGGCUCCAUACGGCCCACACAGCCCACGCAGCACAUGCGGCCCAUACGGCACACGCGACUCACACGGCCCACCCAACGCACUCGGCCCAUUUGCACGCGCACCAUGCGCAUUCGCCAAGGUUGCGUACUAAGGAGGAGGAAGGAAGAGCUAGCGCCGAUGGCGGCGGCUCAUCCGAGUCAGAGGGCGAAUGUGCGGCGAGUGGGCGUGCACGUGCGCAGUACGUCAGCGCCAACUGCGUGGUCUUCACGCACUACUCAGGCGACGUGGCAGCCGUCGUCGACGAACACUUCACCAGGGCCCUUUCCAUUGACAAGCCAAAAGAGGCUGUCCCGAUGGCAUCGCGCAACCUUCCCGCGUCGUUCUUCAACGCAGCGGCGUCGGCUCCUUCGUGUUCAGGACUUGAUCUCUACGAAUAUGACCCUUGGCAUCAACAUUAUGCUGGCUACGGUCACGCGGCUCACAGACACGCGGCAGAAUACCACGCGGCCGCAGCACACCAUAACAUGGCGGCGGCAGGCUACGGAGGGCUGCUACUCGGCCGGGGAUCCCUCCACGCCCAGUACAAGCCCGUGGAGUGGGGUCACGCGCAUCAUGCGCAGCAUCUCGACCCGGCUGCUUGCUCACCUUACUCCUACCCUCCACCUGGCCUGGAAGCACAAGUGCAGGACACGUCUAAAGACCUCUACUGGUUCUGA